AUGCGGCCCCACAAACCGGCAAACGUGGAUGCCGCCGUGAAUACCCCAGUUUUGGUUGAUUCAAACAAUGGUGGAACAGUCGCCCAGGAACUGGAACAGGAGCAAAUUAGGAGUACAUUGGAUGAGGCGAUUUUGGAAAACGCGCAGUACGCCUCUCGAAAAUCGACCGCGACUUCGCCGCACAGCCUUCAGCAAGCGGAAUCGGGCUAUCGUGAGGGCUCUGAACCCAAUGCUGGUGACCUAUUUGGAAGACAGCCGGGACCUUUGCGAGACGGACUCAAUUCUCUUUGGCGCCGCACUGGCAGUCUGCCGUAUUAUAGGCGCCAAACCUUCCACGGCUUGACGCACUACUGGACAAAGUAG